AUGAGCACCGCAGCUGUCGUAUCUGACCCGGAGACAACUUCCCUCCGCUUGGCGUCGGGGAACGGCCCCGUCACACGGCGGAUCUUAUGCACUCCGCUCCGCGACGCCCUUCCCACUGAGAUCCCUAUCAUUGAUAUUUCACUCGCAUUCAGCCUCGAGCUCGCGGACCGGAAGUCUGUCGCGCAGCAGAUUCGCGAAGCUGCGACAACCUCUGGUUUUUUCUACCUGGUCAACCAUGGCAUUAACUCGAACAUCACCGACUCUGCGUAUGCAGCAUGCUUAAAAUAUUUCCGCCAGGACGAGAAGACCAAGAUGCGUUCCUGGGUGGGAAAAAGUCGCUACUUCAACGGCUACAAACCAUCCGGAUCCCAGCGCAUCAACAAAUCAGAAAGCGUCGAUGUCCGCGAGUCGUUCAGUUGGACUUAUGAUCCCCGCUACGACCCUGAUGUCACGGAUGUGAAAGCCAUCCCCGAAGAGGCAAGAAAUUUCUUGCGAAUGGAGGACUUCCACUGGGAUGGGACAUCCAACAUGCCUUGCUUCAAAGAAGCCAUUAUUCGCUAUUGGCAAUCCUGUAUGAAGCUCGCACGUGUGUUAGUCCGUGUGUUUGCUAUGUCUCUUGAGCUGCCAGAGGAUUAUUUCGACUCGAAAUUUGCGUACCCUGACGCCGCUUUGGCGCUGAACUACUACCCGCCUUUGCCCCAAGCCCAAGGCGAUGCCGGUUCAGGCGCCACCACUCAGGUCUCAAUAGGGUCGCACACAGACUUUCAACUCUUCACCAUUCUGUGGCAAGACGCUGUCGGGGGAUUACAGGUAUUGAAUCGUCAGGGCGAAUGGAUACGGGCGGCACCGAUACCAGGGACGUUCGUCGUUAACAUCGCGGACUACCUGCAGCGUAUCACCAAUGAUCUCUACGUCAGUACAGUCCAUCGAGCUCAGAAUUUCAGUGGCGAAGAGCGCAUCAGUAUGCCCUUCUUUUUCGGAUUUGGGCUGCAUGAAAGCUGCGGAGUUAUUGGAAAUUGUGUCAAAGAUGGUGAGAGGCCCAAAUAUGAUGAGAUUGGUUGCGAGGCAUGGGUCCAAAGGAGAGCGCAGGCAAUGCAUAAGGUAGAAUCGGACGACGAAAAUGAGGUAUGA